AUGAAGGUCGCCGCCGCAGUUGUCGCUUUCGCUGGUCUCGCCGCCGCUCAGGCUGGUGUUUCCCAGAUCAACGACGGCCAGAUCCAGGCUGCCACCAGCACAUCCGCCGCCGCAGUCACUCAGAUCGGUGACGGUCAGAUCCAGGCCGCUACCUCCGCCGCCGCAGUCACUCAGAUCGGUGACGGUCAGAUCCAGGCCCCAACCGGAAAGCCAGUCACUCAGAUCGGUGACGGUCAGAUCCAGGCCCCAACCGGAAAGCCAGUCACUCAGAUCGGUGACGGUCAGAUCCAGGCCCCAACCGGAAAGCCAGUCACUCAGAUCGGCGACGGUCAGAUCCAGGCCCCAACUGGCUCCCCAGUGACCCAGAUUGGUGAUGGCCAGAUCCAGGCACCAACUGGCUCUCCAGUGACCCAGAUCGGUGACGGUCAGAUCCAGGCCCCAACCGGAAAGCCAGUCACUCAGAUCGGUGACGGCCAGAUUCAGGCACCAACCAAUGGCACCUCCAAGCCAAUGCCAUCUGUCGAGCCAUACAUGGGCGCUGGUACUCAGGUCGCCGCCACUGGCUUCCUCGCUGUCCUCGGUGCCAUGGCUGCUUUCGUCUUGUAA